AUGCUUACCGAAGACGAGAAAUGUCAAGAAUUUUUGGAGGCUGCAAGCCAAUAUGAAGAAGACUCGAUUCAUCUAGAGGAUUUGUACAAAGCAGAUGCAAAUAUUCAGCAAAUUAAAACCGAAAAACACACUUAUAGGAUUGUUCCAUGCCAUUUGCAAUUUCAUAAUUUGGUCACCUUAUUCCGAGCUGCUAUUGAUGGCUUCCUUACGCUCUUAACUGACUGGACUUUGCCAUUUACUCAUCCUUUGAAUUGGUU